AUGGAAAUGUUUGCCGCUAACAUGUUGGCCGGAGGACCGGCAGCCUUCAUCCGCCGAUCGGAUUUUGGCAAAGAUUUCGUCUUUGGUUCCGCAACUGCUGCUUUCCAGAUUGAAGGUGGUCUUGAUGAUGGCGGUAGAGGAGAUUCCAUUUGGGACACCUUUGCCAAGGAAAAUGAUUUGUUUCAUCCCUAUGACGAAGAUGCCGUUAAUCACUAUGAAAAAUUCGAGGAGGACGUGAAACUCAUGAAGCAGAUCGGAUUUGAUGCUUACCGAUUCUCAAUCUCAUGGCCUAGGAUUCUUCCUACUGGAAAGAUUGAGUCGAAGAGCAAAGAAGGAAUUAACUAUUAUAAGAAACUGAUUUGCAAGCUCAGAGAAAACGGAAUUGAACCAUACGUGACUCUUUUCCACUGGGAUCUUCCUCUUACUUUGCAAGAGGAAUACAAUGGCUUCUUGGACCGCAGGGUUGCGGAGGAUUUUGGUGUGUAUGCCGAUGUUUGCUUCCAGGAGUUUGGUCAAUACGUUGACCACUGGAUCACAUUGAAUGAACCAUUCACAUAUGCCUAUUCGGCUCAUGUGGACAAAGUCCACGCUCCCGGUUUGGGAACUGUGCAUGACCAUCUUUUCGCAACCGGAACGAACACAGAGGGAUCGAAAGCAGCCACUAAGGUGGAAGACGCUGGUGCUACUGAUGAGGCGGCCGAAGACGAAGAAGAGGAUGAUGGAGGUUCCUUCUUCCACCCUUCUCGUUCCACGGUUCACCCGAAACAAACCCGAAAGAGAGUCAUGAUUUUCAAGCCAACCGAAUCUUGGGCAUCCGAAGCCGAGUACAUUGAUGAGUUUGCAUACCCAUACAUUGUCACCCACAACUUGCUCCUUGCUCAUGCUAAGGCUGUGGAAAUAUUCAAGAAGAAGUACCAGGACCCAGCCAAGAAGAAGAAGAUUGGAAUCACCUUGGUUUCCAUGUGGUUUGAGCCUCGCAACCCUGAUGAUGAGAAGGACAAAGCCGCUGCCCUGCGAGCCCUUGAUUUCUUCAUUGGUUGGUACCUUGACCCAUUGGUUCAUGGUGAUUACCCCAAGAGCAUGAGGGAAUAUGUGAAUCCAGACCAUCUUCCUAAAAUGGAUCAUGCAGACAGGAAAGCCAUUCAAGGAAGCUAUGACUUCAUUGGUGUCAAUUACUACACUGCUCGAUAUGUUGGUCACUCUGAACCAAAGGCAGCACUCAAAAAAGUUGGAAGGAAUUAUGUCACAGAUCAGCACCUCAAAUACUAUGAGUCGCGCAUUGAGGACGGAGUAGAGGUUCCUAUUGGUAAAGAUACGGGUGCUUCUGCAUGGUUGAUAUCAUAUCCUAAAGGAAUGAAGGGACUUCUGCUUCACGUGAAGAACAAUUACAAGGAUCCACUCAUCUACAUCACUGAAAAUGGUAUUGAUGAUCACGAUGAUGAUUCUUCGAGGCAUUGGGACUCUUUCUUUGAUGAGAAGAGAGUGAGGCACAUCCAUGAUCACCUCAACUAUCUCUUGGAAGCCAAACGCCAAGGAGUGAAUGUGAAGGGAUACUUUGUGUGGUCAUUGUUGGAUAACUUCGAGUGGAACAAUGGCUUCCAUGCUCGAUUUGGGCUCAUCUAUGUUGACUACAAGAACAAGGGUCAAAGACACCCUAAGCUCUCUGCUGCCUGGUUGAAGAAAUUCCUUGCUGACAAAUGCUAAAUCAAUUAAUCACUCCAAGUUGCUUUCUUCUGGCAACAACAUCGAAGACUGAUCAUCAGCUGAUUAAACUUCUUCUCAUAGCGUUUGGCCACCAUCAACAAAACAAGCAUUGCGCAUUGCUUUUCAUUUUGUUUUUGUUUUUUUCACUCAUGUCCUUUGGAUAUAUUUUCAAUAAUGGGUUUUUAGUUUGCAAUAACGGGCGGGGCAAUGCUUCGGGUUGAAAGUAUAGUGUGACAAAAUGCACCUGUGUUGGUAUUUUAUCUCCCUUUUUGUAAUUUGUUCAUGUGGAAUCGAGAUAAUAA